CCCAGCCCGGGAACCCGGCGGCCCCGCCCCCCGGACGCCCCGCCCAACGCCCUAGGCCCCGCCCCCAGAGAGCCUCCCGUCCCGGCGGGCCCCGGGCCCCGACCCCACCUCCUUGGCAACCAAAGCGACGCUUUCUCCUUAGCAACCAGCGCGGCUCCCACCAUGGCGAACAAAGUUGCUGCCCCGACGGAGAAAGUUCCGCGGAUCCAGAGGGUCUUUAUAAACCUGCUGGACACAUACAGCAGCGGAAACAUCGGCAAGUUUCUAUCGAACUGUGUAGUCGGGGCUUCACUUGAAGAAAUUACAGAAGAAGAGGAAGAGGAAGAUGAAAGCAAGUCAGCCAUGCAGGAACCCUCCUCAGUCAAACUGAAGGAAGGCACGUUCCAGAUCGUGGGCACGCUCUCCAAGCCCGAAAACCCGCGGCCCACCUUCGCGGUGGAGACGUACAGUGCCCUCUCUCGGGAAGACCUCCUCCUGCGCCUGCUGGAGUGUGACGUCAUCAUUUACAACAUCACCGAGAACUCUCAACAAGUGGAGGAAGCUGUCUGGGCAGUCUCGGCACUCAAUGAAGAAGUCAGCCAUUUUGAAAGGCGAAAGGUGUUUAUUUUAUUGUCCACCGUGAUGACUUGGGCGCGAUCCAAAUCCACGGACCCCGAUGAUUCUGACAUUCCAUUUACUGAAGAGGAUUAUCGAAGAAGAAAACAGCAUCCUAAUUUUCUGGACCACAUAAAUGCUGAAAAAAUGGUCCUCAAAUUUGGAAAAAACGCCAAAAAAUUCGUGACUUACGUAGUUGCUGCUGGACUUCAGUAUGGACUGGAAGGAGGCAUCUUACAUACUUUUUUCAAGAUAGCUUGGUUGGGUGACGUUCCUGCAUUACCAGUUUUUGGCGAUGGAACAAACGUGAUUCCAGCAAUUCAUGUUCUUGAUCUAGCAGGUGUGAUACAGAACGUCAUAGACCACGUGCCGAAGGUUCGUUACCUGGUUGCUGUGGACGAAUCUGUUCAUACCCUGGAAGACUUUGUCAAGUGCAUCAGUAAAAGUACUGGCCCUGGGAAAAUCCAGAAAAUACCCAAAGAAAAUGCUUUCCUAACCAAGGACUUAACACAAGAGUGUCUUGACCAUUUACUGGUCCACUUGAGAAUGGAAGCACUCCUUGUGAAGGAGAAUUUUAACAUUCGAUGGGUUGCCCAAACAGGAUUUGUGGAAAAUAUCAACAAUAUCCUCAAAGAGUACAAGCAAAGCAGAGGAUUAUUGCCCAUCAAGAUUUGCAUUCUCGGGCCUCCUGCUGUGGGAAAAUCCAGCAUUGCUGAAGCACUGUCCAAACAUUACAAACUGCACCACAUCAAGUUGAAGGACGUCAUUUCCGAAGCCAUAGCAAAACUGGAGGCGAUUGUCGCACCUAAAGAUGGAGGGGAAGGCGAAGAAGAAGGUGAAGAGGAGGAGGAAGAGGAGAAUGUGGAAGACGCACAGGAGCUCUUGGACGGCAUCAAAGAAAGCAUGGAGCAGAACUCGGGCCAACUAGAAGAUCAAUAUAUAAUUAGAUUUAUAAAAGAAAAGCUAAAAUCUAUGCCUUGUAGGAAUCAAGGUUAUGUAUUAGAUGGGUUCCCAAAGACCUACGACCAAGCCAAAGACCUGUUCAAUCAAGAAGAUGAGGAGGAGGAAGAAGAGGUCAGAGGCAAAAUGCUUCCCUUUGAUAGACUAAUCAUACCUGAGUUCGUCUGUGCCCUGGAUGCCUCGGACGAGUUCCUCAAGGAGCGGGUGAUGAAUCUGCCGGAGAGCGUCGUGGCAGGGACCCACUACAGCCAAGACUGGUUCCUCCGGUCACUGAGCAACUACCGGGACAUCAAUACCGAAGAUGAGACUGUCUUAAACUAUUUUGAUGAACUUGACAUCCACCCGAUACAUAUUGAUGUAGGAAAGCUUGAAGAUGCUCAGAACAGACUUGCUAUCAAACAGCUCAUCAAAGAGAUUGGGAAGCCUCGAAAUUACGGUUUAACGGAUGAAGAAAAGGCAGAAGAGGAGCGGCGAGCUGCCGAGGAAAGCCUGGCCAGGGAGGCCAUGCAGGAAGCGGAACGCGAACGCAAGGAAGCCUUGGAGAUGGCAGAGAAGAUUGCUCGCUGGGAGGAGUGGACGACUAGAGGAAGUGAAAAGAGAAGAAAGAGAAUUACUGGAGGCCCAGUCUAUUCCCCUGAGGAAUUAUUUAAUGACCUACGUUAUGCCAACGCUUAUGCAGGGUCUGAAUGAGUGUUGUAAGGUCAGACCGGAUGAUCCCAUUGAUUUCCUGGCUGAGUAUCUCUUCAGGAACAAUCCUGAAACGCAGUGAAACUUGAAAGAUCUGAUGUCACUUCACAGAGCUCGAGAUGAGUUUAACGUUGUAAUCCGAAAAAUUGCUUUAAAAAAGUGUUUUUUCAGUUUUUGGAAAAUUCUUUUUUUCUUCCCACAAAUAAAUAUUUUAUUAAGUAGAAUCAUUAUAAAAAGCUCAAUGGCAAUGGGUCACUAAUUCAUUAAAACUAUAUUUGAAAGGUAAAUUGAUAACGUAUUUGUGCGUAGCUCAUGGCACGAAUAUUGAUUUAAUGUUUCAUUCUUAGUCUAAGUAUUCUGUACACUAAUGUUUAUAAUAAUUUAAUUUGUAGCAUGAAGAAAAUCAGACUAUAUAUUAUUCUAGCAUGUCGGCUGAUGAAUUUAUGCGAUUUGUUAUGUCCCCAAUACCAAUGGUGUUAGAAAUGGAAAGAAAUUAGAGCAGUUGAUGCUUUCUGAGUCACGUUAAGUCAGAUUGCUUUUUGAGUCCAGGGUCAGUAUGCCAGUCAAUGAGUCAGGGAGAAUUGCAAAGCUCUUCGUAGAAAAAUUCAUGUAACAGGACGAAUAAUUCUCAUAUUUGUGAUAAUUGGAAAGUCGCUGAAUAUUUUCCACAAACUAACUUUACAAUCUAAGCAUAAGCAGUCAAUCCCUAUGGUCUUUCCCAGCUCCAAAAAUCCCACAAUUCCCAGAAUUACACGGAAUGAGAAAUUAGUUUAGGUUUAUUUUAAUGGCAUAUAUAUUUCAUCCCUUUAAAUAAUGUAAUCUGAAUAUAAUUGCACUAUUUUUUUUAUUGUGGCAAAAUACGCGCAGCAGAAAUUUACCAUUGCAACCAUUUUAAAGCACUGAGUACAUUCAUGAUGUUGUCCACGCCUCACCUCUAUCUAGCUCCGGAACUCUUUCAUCACCCCAAAUGGAAACCCUGCACCCAUUAAGCAGUUACUCCCCGUUAUCCUUGUCCCCAAAGCUCCCAGCAGUCACUAAUCUGCUUUCUGUGUCUAUGGAUUUGUCUAUUCCGGAUAUUUUCUGUAAGUGUGAUCAUAUGAUAUGUGGCCUUUUGUGUCUGGCUCCUUUGACUUCAUGUGUUUGCCGGGUCCAUUCAUGUUGUAGCAUGUGUCAGUACUACUUCCUUGCUCUUUUUGGCCGAAUCAUAUUGCGUUGUAUGGAUAGACCACACUUUGUUUAAUCAUUCAUUUGUUGAUGGCAAUUUGGGUUGUUUCCGCCUUUUAGCUAUUGUGAAUAGAGCUGUUAUGACCAUUUGUUUCCAA